GAGGAGUUGGCCUAACAAUCUAGUGAUUUUGCAUAUAAAGGUUAUUGUUGAUGAGAAUGUGGACUCUUUUAGUUGAUCUCGUGGAGUCUGUUGGUGAUGACAUACUGAUUUUCUUAUCCUUUCGGGCUCUUCCUUUACCUUUUUAACUACUCUAUAGGCACCCUGGUUGAUCUGCAGCAAUGAGUAAAGAGUCGUGGUGAUUUGCUGAAAGAAAAUAGUCUUCCCUCUUAAAUGUUGGCAGUGAAGAGAUAUGGCGGUAGAAUAGAUGGAUGUGCCGAGAGCUCUGUCUAGUGCUGUGCUUGAUAAACUUGUGCAUCUUACUUAGGUGGGCACUUGCCAAAUGGCAAAUUAUCAGAUUUCAUUGCUUUUGUUGGAGGAUAAUAAUGUGUCCUUGAUGACUUUGUUGAACAUGAUACUGUCUAAAACUGAAGGUCCCUCGUUCAUGAGUCCAUUCCAGUUUGGCUAAUAUCACUAGAUGUUAUUUUGCAGGUUCCAUGGAUACAGGAGCGCAGGUCAAGAUCACUUUUGCUGAUGGUCCAGCCUGAAAUAUUCCUUGUUGCGAUUGAGAUGGGAAUAGUUCUUCAUCUCUUCCCAUUAGCAGUUAAUGCAUUUGCGAUACAGUGUCUCUCAACUGUCACUGGUGGUGGUCAAUCUGUUUUUGCAAAGAAAGAAAAUGCAAAUGCUGCUCUUCUUGUGGCAAGCCAGAAAACUCUACCAGUAAUGGUGGCUGUCGUUGAACAGCUCGGUGGUGCAUUUGGUGAAUCUGGUCUGCGGGUUCUUCCUUGUGUUGCGUCACGUUUAAUUCAGAAAGAUGCUGCUUCCAACGGUCUCAAAGUAGCUUGA